GUGCAAGUUGAGAUGACUAGAGAGAGACCAUGGACAUCACUCGUGUUGCUAAUCCUAAAAAAGGAAUGAAAAUGGUGGGGCUGAGAAGGUUGGCCUGGCGAUACUGAUGGUUGCCGUGGUGGCGGUUGGUGUCAUGUAUCAUGUGGGAAUGGGACACUCACUCCUGGCAAUACUGUCUCCAACACUCAUGACCAUCGCUUUUCUCAUGCCAUUAAUUGGCUACAUCUUUGGAUACGUCGUCUCCUGGGUCUGCAAACUCAGUCGACCGGAACAGAGGACCGUUGCCAUGGAAACAGGCUGCCAGAACAUCCAACUUUGCACCACCAUCCUGAAAGUGGCCUUUCCACCGGAAAUAAUCAGCCCCCUCUUUCUGUUCCCGUUGGUCUACGAAGCCUUCCAGCUGACAGAGGCUGCAGUCCUCAUCCUGGUGUUCAGGUGUUACCAGCUUUUGAAGCCCAAAAAGAAAGAGACGUACCAGCCUGCAGCCACUGCUGUCCCAGAGGUGGUAAAAGAGCCGUCUGACCGAGCUGUAUGAUGAACGGACCUCACAAAACCUUCCUUUGUUCACUCACAGGCUUGUGUACAACUGAACACACACAUGGAAGAUAUAUCCAAGCAGCCUACCUGUACUGUUAUUUAACUUUAAAAAAAAGACAACUGUACACAAAAUGUGUUUUGUUAAAACGCUUUUAUUUGUUAUGCCCAUAGUUUUUAUAUACCAUACAAAUGUCCAUCAGAUCUAUCACUGAAAACAAAAUUAUACAUUAAGAGUAAAAAAUGUUUUAUUUUCCAAACUCGUGUCUAGGUGUUCUUACUCAUUUAGACCACAGUAACGUUAGUCACAGUACCAACAGUCUUCUUGGACUCACAUUUAUACACUGUAAUAAAAAAGAGGUUACAUUACUGUACACCAUACCCCCAAAACUGAAAAGCAU